AGAUGCAAGGGCGAGCAUCUUGCUGAAAGCACAGGCGAGUGCAGGGGUGAGUGCAGGGGUGAGUGCAGGGGUGAGUGCAGGGGUGAGUGCAGGGGUGAGUGCAGGGGUGAGUGCAGGGGUGAGUGCAGGGGUGAGUGCAGGGGUGAGUGCAGGGGUGAGUGCAGGGGUGAGUGCAGGGGUGAGUGCAGGGGUGAGUGCAGGGGUGAGUGGAGGGGUGAGUGCAGGGGUGAGUGCAGGGGUGAGUGCAGGGGUGAGUGGAGGGGUGAGUGCAGGGGUGAGUGCAGGGGUGAGUGCAGGGGUGAGUGCAGGGGUGAGUGGAGGGGUGAGUGCAGGGGUGAGUGCAGGGGUGAGUGCAGGGGUGAGUGCAGGGGUGAGUGCAGGGGUGAGUGCAGGGGUGAGUGCAGGGGUGAGUGCAGGGGUGAGUGCAGGGGUGAGUGCAGGGGUGAGUGCAGGGGUGAGUGCAGGGGUGAGUGCAGGGGUGAGUGCAGGGGUGAGUGCAGGGGUGAGUGCAGGGGUGAGUGCAGGGGUGAGUGCAGGGGUGAGUGCAGGGGUGAGUGCAGGGGUGAGUGCAGGGGUGAGUGCAGGGGUGAGUGCAGGGGUGAGUGCAGGGGUGAGUGCAGGGGUGAGUGCAGGGGUGAGUGCAGGGGUGAGUGCAGGGGUGAGUGCAGGGGUGAGUGCAGGGGUGAGUGCAGGGGUGAGUGCAGGGGUGAGUGCAGGGGUGAGUGCAGGGGUGAGUGCAGGGGUGAGUGCAGGGGUGAGUGCAGGGGUGAGUGCAGGGGUGAGUGCAGGGGUGAGUGCAGGGGUGAGUGCAGGGGUGAGUGCAGGGGUGAGUGCAGGGGUGAGUGCAGGGGUGAGUGCAGGGGUGAGUGCAGGGGUGAGUGCAGGGGUGAGUGCAGGGGUGAGUGCAGGGGUGAGUGCAGGGGUGAGUGCAGGGGUGAGUGCAGGGGUGAGUGCAGGGGUGAUUGCAGGGGUGAGUGCAGGGGUGAGUGCAGGGGUGAGUGCAGGGGUGAGUGCAGGGGUGAGUGCAGGGGUGAGUGCAGGGGUGAGUGCAGGGGUGAGUGCAGGGGUGAGUGCAGGGGUGAGUGCAGGGGUGAGUGCAGGGGUGAGUGCAGGGGUGAGUGCAGGGGUGAGUGCAGGGGUGAGUGCAGGGGUGAGUGCAGGGGUGAGUGCAGGGGUGAGUGGAGGCCUGAGUGGAGAUGCAAGGGUGAGAGAAGGCACGGAUGUGUGCAGAGGUGAUUGGAGAUGCAAGUGA